UGUUGUUGUUGUUUCAUAAUUUCAUGAUUUGUAUUACUUUCUUCUUUACUACUUCCAGUAUAGUUUAUUUACUAUUGACAACAUUUGACACAAGUACUGCACAACGAAACUACAACCAUGUCAAAUAUAUUUAUACGUCAAUAUUUCUACAUAAAGAUAGUUCAACACAAAUGUUUUCGAAAUUUGUCCCUAUACCUAUUUCCAAGUGGAUGGCGUUAUGUUUUAAGAUAUUCUAAGAUCUGUGCAAUGGCAGGACUGACAACUGGCAGUUACGUCUCAGUCUGUUCCGUCAUAAAAUAUUAGGCUACUUACUUGUCGUUCGUAUAUAUUUUAUUAUUCAACGUUUGAAUUAAGUUAAUGUCAAAAGUAUUGUUGAUUUACUUCAUUCGCGUUCGGAAAUCAUGGAUAUGUUGAAAGGCAAAUACAUUCUAACCAGCGGCGGCCUUUUACAGAACACGUCCGAUUACCUGAAAGACACGAAAAUUCUCAUUUUCUUUUUCUCCGCCUCGUGGGUUAGGACAGACGAUCUCGUUAAAAAUCUGAAGAACCUGUACGAGGAAAAUCAGAACAGGAACGCUGGAAUGGAAAUAAUUUACGUGUCUUCCGACACCGACGAAAAAGCCUUCACGCGGGAUUUUUCCGAACAAGGACCUUGGUGUGCAGUACCGUUCAAAAGCAAUACUUCCGACGAGCUGCGGUGGAAAUUCAACAUAACCUGCCUUCCGCAAGUGAUCGUAGUGAAAACCGACGGGACGAUGAUUUCCAGGAAAGGGAAAGGCGAACUGGAAAAGCUCGGCGUGAAUGUGAUUGUCACUUGGACUGAUUACGUUCAGCGGUGAUAACAACUUGAAUUUAUACACUUUACAAUUCCCAUUGUAGGAAAUCUGUAAGUCAAAAUAAACGACAUCGACUGGGGAUCUUUUA